AUGGGGAUUAGGCGUACGAAUAACAUAUGGAAACCUGUGGUUCCGAUCGCUAUUCUCACUAUAUUUGCCAUCAUUUCCUAUUCAAUCGGCUAUUUUCAUAUGAUGAACUGUUGCAACGGAACAAUGGAUUACUGGGACAGUUGUCUGACGACACCACUACUGUUGGCCACAAACAGUCGAUAUCUGGUAUUAUUGCACCCGAAGACGGCAUUGUUGUGUGCGUUUGUGUACUCACUGAUGGACGUGAGCCGAUACUUCACAUACGCCUCGUGGGACUUACGGGUGGCGCUCGACGUGAAUAUCUUUAGCAUCAAA